AGCGCAUCACGGAGCAACACAACACAACACAACACACACACGUACUAUCGCGGAUACAGACACCGGAUACAGACACCGGAUACAGACAGCUCAGAGAUCAUCUCAUCAUGCCUGUAGCCACCACUCACACGGAGCCUGCUCUGUCGCAGGUGGAUGCUCUGAGCGACAGCACCAGCUCCGCCACGGCCAACGACCUCGACCUCAUCUUCCUCAAAGGCAUUAUGGAAAGUCCACUGAAUGCUGAGAGUCCGGAGGAACCUCGUCUCGAGGCAGUGGGAGACAAAAACAUCGAGCUGCUGCAGGACAUCCUGAGGGACCUGAGUCCCAUCACUCACCGCAGUAACACCGCUGCCGAGCUCUCGAACAUCCUUAACCAACCCCAUUUCCAGUCUCUCCUGGAGACCCACGACUCAGUGGCCUCUAAAACGUCUGAAACUCCUCCCCCAAGCCCACAAGCCUCUGUGGAGCUGAACCUGCCGUCGGUCCCCGCUGACGCCGUGCGCAUGGUGGGCAUCCGCAAAGUGGCCGGGGAACAACUGGGCGUGACUUUCCGGAUUGAGAACGGAGAACUGGUGAUCGCUCGGAUUCUGCACGGAGGGAUGAUCGAUCAGCAGGGUCUCCUCCAUGUAGGGGACAUCAUAAAGGAAGUGAACGGGAAGGACGUAGGGGACGACCCACGCGUGCUCCAGGAGGUGCUGCAGGAGGCCAGCGGCAGCAUCGUGCUCAAAGUCCUGCCCAGCUACCAGGAGCCGCAGCCCCCCAGACAGGUCUUUGUGAAGUGCCAUUUUGAUUAUGACCCGGCCAGCGACAACCUGAUUCCCUGUAAGGAAGCCGGACUUCAGUUUAGCAGCGGAGACGUUCUGCAGAUCGUCAACCAGGAGGACGUCAACUGGUGGCAGGCUCGACGGGUUCAAGGAGGACGUGCCGGACUCAUCCCCAGUCAGCUGCUUGAGGAGAAGAGGAAAGCGUUUGUAAAGAGAGAUGUGGAGCUCCCACCAGCAGGUACACUGUGUAGCGGGAUCGGAGGCAAGAAGAAGAAGAAAAUGAUGUAUCUGACCACCAAAAACGCAGAUUUCGACAUGCAUGAGCUGAUGAUCUACGAGGAAGUGGCCCAGGUUCCUCCGUUCAAGAGGAAAACACUGGUUCUGAUCGGAGCUCAGGGAGUCGGGCGACGCAGCCUAAAGAACAAGCUUCUGGUUUCUGAUCCUCAUCUGUUCGGGACUACGAUUCCCUACACUUCCAGGAAGCCUAAAGCGGGCGAGAGAGAGAGCAGGAUGUACGCCUUCACAUCCCGAAGCAAAAUGGAGGCUGAUAUCAAAGCAGGCCGUUACCUGGAGCACGGCGAAUAUGAUGGAAACCUGUACGGCACCAAGAUCGACUCCAUCCACGAGGUAGCCGAGGCAGGACGUCUCUGCAUCCUGGACGUCCACCCGCAGUCUCUGAAGAUCUUGAGGACCUCCGAGUUCCUGCCUUAUGUAGUUUUCAUCGAUGCUCCAGAGUUCGAGGUGCUCAGGUCCAUGAACAGAGCAGGCAUCGAGGCCGGAGUGGUCAGCAAAGAGCUAACGGAUGCUGAGCUGAACAGGAUACUGGAUGACAGCUGGAGGAUUAAGAAGGCGUACGGACACUACUUCGACCUGACUGUCGUAAACGACGGCUUGGACAGAACCUACAGCAGUCUGAAGGCUGAACUGAAGAAGCUGAGCGGAGUUCAACAGUGGGUUCCAGUCAGCUGGGUGUUUUAGAGGACUGUCCCUCAUUCGACCCUCAUUUCAGUUACGUUAGAUGAAAAUUUAUUUAUUUAUUUAUUUAUUUAUUUAUUUAUCUAUCUAUCUAUCUAUCUAUCUAUCUAUCUAUCUAUCUAUCUAUCUAUCUAUCCGUUCCAUUUACUUCUAAUCCUGAGCGAGAGCGUGUUUUGUAGCUUCUCACAUGUCGCUGUCAACCAUAUCUGCUAAAAAAAAAAAGGCUGUGUCCCAAACCACACAUCAUUCGAGCUUUUAGCGUCAACUACGAACAAAUGUGAGACCGAUAUAUGUAUUUUUAACGAGAAGCAAAACCCCUCGAACGACAAACUUUAUUCACCGAUAUUCUAGAUCACGACGUUAACAAUUGUUAAGUGCGAGUAUGUUAUUUGAGACACGGCAAUAAAAUGUAUUUAAUUACAGAUAAACACGAUGACAGCUAACAGACGCAGGGACUAUAGCAACGUGCAAAACUCUUGCACUAAUACAUCAGGGAGAUUAACACACAGUCCACUGCCAGUAACCGCUUUAAUGUUUUUACUUUUUAAUAUGAGCUAAUACAAGUUCAUAUAAAUUUGUAUUAAGUAAAAAAAGCAGUAGGAUAAGGUUGAUGAGGAUGAGGAUGAUGAUGGAUAAAGCAUAUCGUCGCUGUCGGGCGGAAACCUCGUAUGUCCAAAUUUGGUUAAUUUCAUAUUUUUUCACAUAUCGAUGCUAUUGGUCAGUCCCCACGUGGGUCUGUUAUUUUUACAAGUUAUUAACCAAUCUAAAGUCUUGAAAAUAGC